GACACGCUCAGGAAACCCAAACCUAAGGGAGAAAGGCACAUUGGAUGCUGUUGUCUGUGAGCUGACCGGAUGAGAAAUAGCGUUUUUUUCUUCUAUGGUGGUUCUGCAUGAUCACCAUGAGAGAAACUAUGGAGGAUGGGAUCAGCGAAGUAUUAUCCAGCGUUGUGGAGGAUGUUAGUGAGGCCGUCAACAGAAACAUUAGUGGCUCUCAGCUUCUGCAUGAACUACUGAGCGCUCCAUGGCUGCGCGCCUUGCUAAAGAUUUACGAGUGCCUGAUGCAGUUCCAGAGAUUGUCGCCAAGCCCCCUUCUACCUUGUGCCUCCGGACUCUUAUUUGAGAUCCUGGCCAUCUUACAAAGAGCGCACCGUCCUUCGGCUGAAGCUCGUGAGCUCUACAACCUCCUCAGCUCACCACAUGUCCAGGCCCUGUUAUCGUCUCACGACAGCGUGGCGCAGUCUGACUAUUUACCCGUCCUUUCUCCGCUGCCCGAUGAGUUACCAGAGGACGAGGAGGCCAUGAGGAUCGUUUGUCUUGUAAAGAAUAACCAGCCCCUGGGGGCGACUAUAAGGAGGGAGGAGGUGACGGGAGACAUCUACAUUGCCCGAGUGAUUCAUGGAGGACUGGCAGACCGCAGUGGACUCCUUCAUCCUGGUGACCUUAUAGUGGAGGUGAAUGGAAACUCAGUGGUGGGACUGGAACCAGAAAAGGUCAUCCAGAUACUGAACGGUUCGAUUGGAACUAUUUUGUUCAAAGUUAUCCCGAGGUCAGCGCAGGUCACCAGCAGCCAGAAGCCGGUGUACAUGAGGGCGAUGGUGGACUACUGCCCCCUGCAGGACUCCUCCAUCCCCUGUCCGGUUGCAGGAAUGGCUUUCAGCAGAGGCGACCUGCUGGAGGUGGUCGACCAAUCAGACGCUCUGUGGUGGCAGGCCAGGAAGCUGCCCUGCGGCGCUUCCUUCGCUGGGCUAAUUCCCUCUGCUAACAUGCUGAGGAGUAAACACAAGGAGCAGUGGUGGUGUCAUCCAUCCCAGGUUCACACGUGCAUCAGGCCCUACAGCCUGGCUGAUAACGACGAGGAUCUGACGCACGCUGAUGGCAAAAGGAUCCUGACAGAUAUGGAAAAAAACAAAGACAUAAACUUUGAUGAGGAGGACCCAGAUGUCACUGAAGGAAUUUACCUGGCUGGCUUCCGCCGGAGCUUCCGCCUCUGGAGGAGGACGUCCUAUAAGAGGAGGCGGCAGUCCUGCACCUCCUGCUCGCCCAGCAGCAGCGCUCUGUCCUCCCCAUAUGAGGAGGUGGCGUUGUACCAGCGCCUCCCGCAGGAGAACCACCGCCUCAUCAUCCUCAUAGGAGCUUCAGGAGUCGGAGUCAAUGAGUUGAGGAAGAGACUCAUCAAACUGAACCCGUCGACCUUCCAGGGACCCGUACCGCACACAACCCGUCCAAUGAAAGAAGAGGAGCAGGCAGGUAGAGAGUACCACUUUGUCACCAAAGAGCUGUUUGAGUAUAUGGUCUGCAACCACAGAUUUGUAGAAUAUGGGGAGAGUAAGAGCCACCUGUAUGGAACCAGCAUUGAUGCUAUUGAUGAGGUGAUAAAACGAGGACGGAUGUGCAUCAUCGACGUUGAACCACCUGGCAUCCAUCUGUUGCGAUUAAGGAACCUGAAGCCGUACGUGAUUUUCAUCAAAGCGCCGAGCCCAGAAACACUGAGACAGACCCGGAAAAACGCCAGGAUCAUCACCAGCUACGCUGUCAACAGGGCAUUCACAGAGGAAGACUUUCUGGAGCUGGAGGACACGUCUCAGCUUAUCGAGGCCAAAUACAAACAGUGUUUUGACAACGUGGUGGUGAAUGACGACCUGCAGGACGCCUGCAUGCAGCUCUGCUCCAUCAUCCAGCAGGCGCAGAACGAGCCUCAGUGGAUCCCAGUCAGCUGGCUGCAUGGAGAGGAGUAGACCAGGAGAGGACGGGGAGCCGACGAAUUAAAUACGGCCAAACGGUGACGGCGUUGUGGACGGAUAGGAAUAAUGUCACUAAAGCUUGCACACAAGU